CUCUGUAUUGUCCGUCGAGCAAGCAGUGAUCGCCCCACUAGCAAACUAUCACAAUUGCAUUGCAACAUCCACACCCCUAAUAGUUGCUACGCUUUUGGGCAAAGUGUCAAGCUCUCGGUAUUUGAGGAAAGUGUGGAGAGCUCUAUAGAACGGAACAAGACGAUACCAGAACAAAUGAUGCGCACUGGUCAGUUGCCAAGAGCGAUGACGAAUCAACGAGUCGCGCAAUACAUGGGGGAUCUCUUUGUUUAUGAGAAGAAUUUG